AUGACUUGGAACCUCUUCAAGAAGAAGCCCCAGCCGGAGCCCAUCAUAGCUGUUACCCCAGGCACUGCGGCACCCCAUAUCCCUACCACAACAGUGGCACCAGCAGUGUCAAUGGACAACACGACACAGCCUUCAGGCCCAGUAGAGAGCCAGGAGGAUGUCUUUGCCAAGAUUAAAGAAAAGUUCAUGAACGAGAUAAACAAGAUUCCCUGUAAGUAGCUUGCAUAUGCUGCCCCUUUUUUGGAGACUUUGCAGAAAUGUUCUGCUUGCUCCAUCACUGCAGUUUCUAAACCUGUUUGUAGAAUGCAAAGGACUGGACUGGCACCAAGCCUGAAUUCCCUCUUGGCAAAAGACUACUUGUGGGCAAUUAACUACUUGUGGGAUAAAUGACAAUGACGUAUACUCAGGACAUUAUUGUGGUACAAGCCAAAGUGUUUAAGCCAAGGAUAGGGAACAUGCGGCCUUCUAAAUCAACAUUGGGAAAUCUCUGGCUUUGCAAUGUUGUAGGUGCUUUGUGGGCUGAACACAAGGGUUAAAAUGGGCACCUGAUGUCAUUGCAACAUCAGGUGUUGGAGAGGUCAAGUUUGGCCCACUGGGGGUUGAGGAGAUGAUGUUCUGGCCCUCAGACCAGAUCCAGUUCCCCACGCUUGCUCUAGGUAUUGUUGGACUGCAAUUCCUAUCAUUCAUGACCAUUGACCAUGUUGGCUGCGGAUGACAGGAACUGGAGUCUUAACAGCAUCUGGAGAACCACAAGUUCCUCAUCCCUGACUUAGUCAACCUUAUUCAGGAACAUUACUGAAUGGUUUUCUGCUUUAAAAAAAGAGCUUUAUUGAAAAAUAUGUGUGGGUUGCAGAAGGAAAGAGACGAAGAAAAUAAUUGUGUUUUUAAAAAAGAGAAAGAGAGAGAAAUUACACUCUAUAUUUAAUGGAAAGCAUAUUGAUUUUUAGCAUUUAAGAAGCCACCUGGAAGGAGAAGACUCAUGACAGAAUUGUUGACAGGAAAUGUUCUAUACAUAGCAUUUUCAUAGGAUAGGAAUGGUCAUUGCUGCAUAGGGCUGCCCCUGUAUUCAGGUCAACAUCUGAAAACCCACGGUCAAAAGUGCAGCAGGUAGGGAUGGUGUCUUUUAAGUCAUGGCAUCUAAAUAAUGGAAUGCCUGUCGGCAUGCAGCAAAAGGUCGUGCAUUUCAGCAAGCAUUGCAAAUUAUUACUUUUAGUUUUAUGCUUUUUUAAAAAAAAAUUUAAAAUGGAGGUGACUUUAGAAGUGGUGCUGGUUGGAACCCUGGACCCAACAAUCAGGGUACAAGUUAAUUAUCCAUGGAAUAACUAAAUAAAUUUCCUGGGUUUUGAGUAGUGUGACCUAUGCUUGCAUUUCAGGCACUCGGCCAUCCCAGUAAAUUCCGCUAUAACUGUGCAAUGAGAGUGUUUUGUAUUUUCAGUGCCGCCUUGGGCCCUGAUUGCCAUUGCUGUAGUUGCUGGGCUGCUGAUCCUCACCUGUUGCUUUUGCAUCUGCAAGAAAUGCUGCUGCAAGAAGAAGAAGAACAAGAAGGACAAAAAGGGGAUGAAAAACGCAAUGAACAUGAAAGACAUGAAAGGCCAGGUAAAAUGACACCUCCUGGGAGAGGAUCGGUUAUGAUGCUGCAGUUAGCAUGAUGCGGUGUGGACUUGCUUGUGCUUUUGGCGGGAUGAAAAUCAGAUGUACAAGCAAAGAGUUCAGUUCUUUUUUAUGCAGGGAGUGCAUGCGAGCCCCAACCAGGUAGGGCCAGCAGUGAGAUUUGAAAUUGUCCCUUCAUUGCUUGUAGCAGCAGAAGCCUUAAGAUAAAAGAUUGACCAUCAAAAUGCAAGCCUUGGUAUUAGUCAGGGUAGUUUGCAACCCAUCCCUAAAACCUGUCUGUGUAGAAGUAAAGCUCACAGAGUUCCUCUUUGGUAAGUAAAUGCUAUGAAGACUUACCUGCAUCAAACAGAAGACCUCAGGAUCAAGAUAUCCAGCCUUUCUGGUGCAUAAAAAAUAUAUAUAUGCUGGAUGGUAAAAAAAAAGCAAAAAGCAUUAUGCUUCUCAUGUGAGUAUGUUUUUGAUGGGCAGACCCUUAGUUAUAAUGUAUAUUCCAGCUUUUCUAGGAAGUUCUGUUGGGCAAACCCUACUGGACGUGAAUGGGAGCUACGCAAGACUUAGAGUAGUGGAUAAUAUUCUGUUUAAAAGGGGGAAGUUAAGCAGAUUAUGGUUCUAUCAGCAUUAUAGUAUUUUGUAGUAGAUUUUCCUGUGAGCCUUAUCUACAGCCUGCAAUGCACUAGAAGUCAAUGGAAGGUAGGAUGGUGACUUCUCUUGCCUAGUACCUGCAGAUGAAAAAUAUUAAAGGCCACAAAAGCACUAGAGGAUCUGAAAGGGUGUUGCUCCCAGGAAGUAUUGUGUACAAAUCAGUCAAUAAAUCCCAGCUCAUAAAAGUGUCUGGUGCAGCGUCCCACCUGAUGCCACCAUCACACCAAUUCCCCCCCCCCCCGUCUUACUGCUCAGGGUUAUAAUGUUUGCUUUGCUGGCAGCAAUCAAACUAACUCAGCAGCAAAUCCCAUUAGCAGUUAAAGAUAGACAAACCUGUGAAACUCUGGAAGGUUUUAUGGGCACUAAAUUCUUCUCCCAUAUUGGAGACUUUUGAUUUGGUAACUUGGGUAGCAGGCUCAGAAAUGGGACUUUUAUAGCCCAUAUUGCUGGAACUCUUUCUCUCUCUGUUAAUGAGGCUAUUUGCAUGAGGUGCUUUAAUGAAGCACAGCCCAGAGGUGCCUAGUCAUCCAGAUCCCUCUGCUGUGUGCUGAGAUUCUGCAUGUAAUGAAGGGAGGAUGGAGAAGAGAUGUCACAAAGCUUUCCUCAUGAUUCUCUGCCUUGAGUCACUUCUCUUGCCAAAUCCAACAGUGGAAGAUUUGGAUGUCAUUAACUGGUUGUAGUUCCAGAGACACUGGAAAAUGAGGAAAGCUGGGCCAAGACUAAACAGUUAAAUUCCUUGAGGCAUUUCAGCAUUGUUGGUAGCAGGACCCAGAAAAUGUAUGCAAAACCAAGAUAACAAAUUACUAAGACAACACCCACUUCCUUGCAACUAGGCAGUCUGGAAUAAUGGAAAGGACAUAGCUCAGUAAAAGAGUGUGCAUGCUUUGCAUGUAGAACAUCCCAGGUUUGAUCCCCAGCAUGUUCGCUUAAAAAAAAGGAUUGGGUAGCAGACAAUGAGAAAGAUAUCUGUCUGAGACAUUGGAGAGCUGCUGUCAGGCAAGGGACUAGGAUAGAUGGGGAAAUAAUCUGACCAGGUAUAAAUUGCCUUCCUAAUAGAAGUGAUCUGGUGGUUUUGUGCAUCAUUUAGAGUCCCAAGUGAAAGGUUGACAUUCAUCAUUUUAGCCUGGUACCUAGCCCACUUCAGACAUUUGAAAGGAAUGAUGGGAAGCUGAACGACUCCUCUUGCUUUUGGACAUCAUACGCAGAAGGAGGAUGUGCAUCCUGAACAUGGGACAGAGCAGUCACCUUCCUCCCUCUCACUUCCCACAAGACCUGGACAUGUUUUCUAGGUUAAGAACACCAGAAGAGCCUAUUGGAUCUAAGCCAAUAGUCCAUCAGAUCCAACAGCCUGUUCUCACAGUGGCCACCCAGGGGCAAGAGCAUGGUCUCUUCUGAGGUUUCCAGCAACUGGUAUUCCUGAGCAUUACUGCCUCUGACCAUGGAAGGCUAGCAGUCAGUCUCAGCUCUAAGGCUCCUUACUCAUGGCAAGGCAACUAUGCCUUCCCUGCUAGCUUCAUUAUUGUGUAACUUCCCAGUGUAACCACUAAUGGGCGUGCCAUUAGUGUAACCACAUUGCCUAAUGCAAAGCCAAGUGUAUUCCAGGGUGGGGUGGGGCGAUGGACUUGCGUGGUUCUUUCCACCUUAUUAAUACAUGCAUGCUCCAUCCUGGGAUUGUACUCGGUAGUUAGGGAAACUAUUGGACAUGCGUGGUUCUUUCCACCUUAUUAAUACAUGCAUGCUCCAUCCUGGGAUUGUACUCGGUAGUUAGGGAAACUAUUGGACAUGCGUGGUUCUUUCCACCUUAUUAAUACAUGCAUGCUCCGUCCUGGGAUUGUACUCGGUAGUUACGGAAACUAUUGCAACAGAGCCUGCUGGAUCACGCCAGUGGCCCGUCUCGUCCAGCAUCAUGUUCUUACAUUGGCCAACCAGAUGCCUGUGGGAAACCCACAAGCAGCAACUGAGCGCAACCAUCACCACUGGAAUUCAACUAUUCUGUAAUCCUCUGAUUUUAUUAAAUUGGGGUUUCCCAUUGCUGAUUAACUUGAGCAAAUGUUUGAGCAAAUAUUAAUUGCAGUAUUCAGGAUUUUCAGACAGGAAGGAUAGAUUAGAUGUUAAUGUGGAAUGCCUAGAUGCAUCAGUUAAUUGAGACAUAAAAACCUCUGGAAAAAUGCUUCCCUAGCAAGUAGGAUAACUUGUGUAAGGAUAACGUAAAAAGGAAAAGUUCUGUGGAAUGCGUUCGAUGCAGAAAUCUGCCCCAAGUCUCUGGUCAUAGUAACAGCCAUUUACUAAAUGGGUACAACAUAAGAUUUUCCUACAUAUCUUCUAGCUGAGCUACACCAGUCACAAAUGUGUAGCUGUCAUUGCGCUGGGGGAACUGAACUCUGUUGUGCAGAACUCAGUGGCGUGGUUUGCACAUCACACUAAGGCAAAUCAUGGGUUAGUGUGAUUGCAUGGUCUUCUGGAGAGGACAGUGCAAGUGCUUCACUCCUCCCUGGGUUAUUUUGCUGCUCCCCAAAUGAACCAUGAGCCAUAAGCCAUAGGACAAGCCUUGGUUACCAUUCAUGAUUAGUCUGGAGAUAGUUAAACCAUGAGUCCUGGUGCACCAGCAAAAUGCCUGGGGAAGAGCAAAGUGUCAAUGAGUGUAACUAUCUUUACAAUAGUUCCCACAUUUGGGCUAAGCCAUAGUUUAUGCAAACCAGGCCAGUGACUGUAUAUCUUCUGCUUCAAACAGAGGAUGAAUGUCAAUAGCAACAGACAGUAUUGGAGCUUUUCCUGUCUAUAAGUCUCUGGAAGCACUAGACCGCACCCUCUUAGCAGGAUCAUUACAACAGCUAUGUGUCUUUUCUUUGCAUUUUAUUUUUUGUUCUUUGUUGUUGUUCUAGAAGCAGAGGCAAAUAUGCAGUCCCUAAGUUACUAAUGUGCAUAGAAAAUCAUGUUUUCUCUUUCUCUCUGUCUUUCUCUUUUCCCCUAUGUACUUCUGUGCUUUUCAGGUUCCAGAGAAAUCCAGGUCCAGUAGUUACCUUCAUUCAGUUUUGUGAGACAAUUUACAAUAAAGUGGGGAGAAGAAAUUGGCUGGUUCAAAACACACAGUGGCAAAUUACAUUGUUUGCACCCUUCUAAGCAAAAUGAACAUGAGUGCAGAUACAGCUGUGUUACAAGGGACAAAAUGCACACCCCCUUUUUUUAAAAAAAGAAGCAACCCCAGAAUGGCAACUUCCGUUUUGAAGGAAAAGCUCCCAGUCCAGUUUGAGGGCCCAUGCAGUUUUCAGCAAACAAGACCUGCAGUGGGAAAUUACAACCAGGGGUGUGACUUCCAGUGGGAAAUUGGUGCAUGGUCCCAAUUUGGAUCAGAAACAUGAUCUGAGUCAGCUUCCCACACAGAUGCUUUUCUUUCAAACUGAAGCAACUAGCUUAAUGUAAUGCAUGGUUAGUCCUUCACCCCACCCCCAAAAUGGUUUCUUGAAAUUGUAAUUACCCAAUCCCCCAUACAGCAUACAUUUUGAAGGUAUGGAGUCUGUGGUUUCUCAGGAGCACUAGGUGUUGUUGAUGAUGUGUGCAGUUUUUGUCUCUAUAAUGCCCUUCUCUUCCUUCUCUGUGCUCUCGUUGCUCUCCUUCUGUGUUGUUCUGUCUCCAUCUUAUCUGACUAACCUGGAUGUCAACUCACGGUAGGUCCUGAUGCAAACGUCGCUUCCCUUUUAGGCUUAAAGGGACAAGGGAAGAGGGUUUAACUAACACACAGUUCAAAGUUCUGCGCAGGCUUUGUUAAGAUGGUGGAGUUAAUUGUGAUAUGGGACUUAUACUGGGGAAGGUAAACAAAUUUUUCUUACAAAUUUUGGUUAAGGGGACAUUAAAUUCCUGCAAAUCUACCCAGUUGUAAAUGAGGUUGAGUGCAAAGUCUGUUUUGUGUUAAUUGCAGUUUGCUCUGAUUAAGCAGUAAAGGUCAGGGGGGGAAGCAGUGGGACAAGAAAGUGUGUGGAUAAACUCCACAAGGUGAAAUGAAACUCUGAAUGAAUUUGCAUGUGUCGGUGACCUGAUUGUGUUUUCAAGAAUUUUGUGGGGAAGGAACUAGUUUGAAAAUAUACAGUACAUUUGACCAAGUUAGAUCAAUGUAUUUCGUUUUAAAUACGUGAAUUGCUUGAACGAAUAACAUGUACAUUGAGGGUAUGUAUGCAUGCAUACAAAUGUGUGAGUGUUCCAGUCCCAUUUGUUUUAUGCAAGGUACAAAAGGAGAACAUUGGAUUUAGGUGAAGCCCCUGUUUCAUUUCCUAGGCACCAAUCCCUUAGUGAACCCCAGCCACCCUCUCAUUAAAGCUGCUGAACAGCCAGGCUCCUCCCCCUGCUGCAUCAUGGCAACCCCACUUCCCAUAAUCCUCUUGCCAUAGAUUGGUCCCCUUUGUACACAAACCAGAUAACAACAGUUCCAUUGCUUACACUGUUCUCCUUGAAAUCUCUCAGAGUUCACAGUUGCCAGAAAUCUAAUCUUUAUAUUCUGAAAGUCAGAGCAUUCAGCAUUUAUGCAGAAGAUUACUGAGGUGUUAAAUUUAUGUAGCAGCUUAUCAAUAUAUAGACUGGGCAGCUUACAAGCAAAUCAAUAUUAAAUACAGCAUGUAAUAAUAAAAAUCAACACUAAGAAAUUUCAGGCAUCCAAAAAAUAGACUUUUAUUUGCAACAGAAACAACAGAAACCGUUUACAAACCAGAGUAAACUUCACUGGCCACAAUAGCCCAAGGUUAGUUUAAAGUGCAAUUAACAAUAGUCGUAACUGAGCGGUGGGUUCUGUCUCUUCCUUUCACUAAAUCUGCUAUCCAGUAGACCUGUGGCUCUCCAGAUAAAGCGGGACUCUCAUCUCUCAUCCCUGACCAUUGUCUGGGAUUGAUGUGAGUUCAUCAACAUUUGGAUGGCCUCAGGCCUAUAAUCUCUGUAGUAGAUUAUGAUGAUUAAUUCAUUAAUCCCUCCAAGGCAAUAUACAGAUAAAUAAAAAUAUGCAAUAAAAACACCACAUAAAACAGAACAAAACCAUUACUAACAAAGUGCAAUUUUAAAUGCAUCAAAUCCAGGUGCUACUGGAUUGGCACUACUGCAGGUGCCACAUAAUGCCAAACCUCAGCAGGGAGCGAGAAGGACCAGGGAGAAGGAAAGUGGUUGUGAGCUCGACAUGUUCACACCUUCACAUCAAGCCAUGGUUUGGCUUAUUGUGACAUGUGAACCAGGCCACCAUCUGCCUUCGUUUCUUUUGCCAAAAUUCAUGUUCCUUUUUGUUCUCUUCCUUUGGCGAAGGCUUCUAUUUUCUGAAGGAAGCCUUUUGGAUAGCUUCCUUGACUCUGCUGGCUUCCUCUUUGCUCCGGGGGCAUCUUUCCUGAUCUGUAUGCAGUCUAGCUGAGCUUCUAGUUUUGAACAAUCCCUACUCCCAAGAAUUUUAGAUAGUUUUGACGCCUCUUGACUUUCCCUUUCAACUUCCCUUUUUACCAAUCCCCUCAUUUUGGGGAAAUUUCCUCCUUCAAAGUUGGGCUUUGCCCACUGACAUACGUGUUGACUUUUUCACCACUACGGUUACUGUUACUAUCUGGUCUAACAACCCUUAUAUCUUGUACCAGGUUCUGGGCACCACUUAAGAUUAAGUCCAGGACCGUCACCCCUCUACCCAACUUUUCAAUGAUUCCAUCAUUUAGGGUAUCUAGAAAUUUUUAACUCUUUGUCGUGACUGGAAUAAACAUGUGCCCAGCCUGUGUGGUGAUGACUGAAGUCAGAGAGAGACCCAAAAUUAUGAGCAAAAUACUGAUAAGGAACCUUAGGCUCCCCUUUCGCCAACUCUCCUUUUCCUACUCCUGAAGUAACGCUUUAUAGAUUAUGUACAUGCAUUUCAGUGCUUAGGCAAGAUAUGGGAGAAAGGAUACGCAUGUGUGAAGGGGAACUAGGUUCUCAGUGCGUGGUGUUCCUGUGCAAAACAUUAUGGUAUCGCUUCUCUUCCAGGACAAACAGGAUGAUGACGAUGAUGAUGAAGAAGAAGGGGAAGGAGAGGGGGAACAGGAAGAGGAGAAGGAACCAGAGAACCUGGGCAAGCUGCAGUUCUCCCUAGACUAUGACUUCCAGGCUAACCAGGUAAGGCACCCAAAUGAAUAGGUGGGGCGAGAGAGAAGGGGGAAGGCUAUGCACCCAAAGCUGUUGGAGAGAUGUCACCCAGAGGGAGAGCAAUGAUAGCAGAAGCAGUUAACACAGUCGGUAGCUGUGUGUUAUUUAGCCACACAUGUCAGAGAGCCUCAGUGCCAUUUUGAUUUUGAGGGAAAGCAGCUUCAGCGAGAUGGCAGUAUUGUUGAGAAGCAGUAUAUGUGAAAGAGAAGCUUUGCUCUUUCCCUGCCCACAUCUUUUCCACUACAGGCCCCCCUAAAGCUGAUUUUUACCCUCACAAAUGUACCAGGUGAAGGAGCUUGUGUGUGUGUGAAGGAAGAGUUAUUUGGAGCAGGGAAGUUGAGGUUAGGAAAAGAUUAAACAUCCCCUUCUCGCAUUCCAAAUUCUCUCUCCACACACUGCUUUUCCUUUAAAAACAGUGGCAUGCAAUUUUAUGCUCUUUUUCUUUUACAAACCAGGUGAUGGAAUAAUGGUACUUUCCCGGUAUACUUUUAUUUGUAAGAAGUAAUGAGAAUGGCUAUCUCUUGAUGGUCAAUGGGAUAAUCAGCUUCAUGGGCAUGACAUAGUGGCCAAUGGAUUUAUAGGCCCAGUUUGUGCAUGGUGCUAAGCCAAACAUAAUGGCUUAGCAUGACAAAAUGUGUAAGCUCCAGAAAAAUGAUGGAAGUUGCUUGGCUCCUCUGGUUGUUUUGCUGGUGCACUAGUCAAAGAUGUGGUUUGGCUUAGCAUCUUAUCCAAGCCUGGAUUGCAGUUUUGGUUUCUCAACAAAUAAUGAGCUUUAACCGAAGUUUGCCCUGUGGUUUGUAGCUCAUGGUUUAUCAGGCAAGGCUGAGCUACAAACACAAGUUUGGAUGAUAUGUUAAGUGAAAUCAUGGCUUGGCUCAGUUUGGUAGAGCAGCAAAGCAACCAGAAGGACUGGCCGAAAUCUCUCCCAGAGACUGCUUGUUUGGGCUGAAUCAUGGUUUGUUUCAAUGUUACAGAAGGGUAGUCUCCGUAUUUAUUGCAAGCAUAAUGAAAAAGGAACACAUGGUUAGUUGCUGCUUUUCAUUCUUCGUCAUUAUUUCACUUAUUAAAUUACUAUACUGCCCUUCUUCCUAGGGCGGUUUACACUGUACAGUUAUGUAUUUUAUAUAUCAUAGCAAUAAACUAAACUAAAUAAGAUGGUAUUGCUAGGCGAAUUGAAGAAUAACACCUGUGAGUGUAACACAAAAGAGAAGGACAACGUAGGGCAUCUAGCAAGAGCAGAAGGAAGGUGACAGUUCAUAUUAGUUCUGAGGCCAAUUUCCUUCUCUAUGCAUUGUGCUGUUUGGCAUGUGGCCUUGCAAAGCCAUUUCAUUUCCUAAGACCUAUUUUUCCCUGACAGCUCACAGUAGGGAUCCUCCAAGCAGCUGAGCUCCCAGCACUGGACAUGGGGGGCACAUCUGACCCUUACGUCAAAGUCUUCCUGCUUCCUGACAAGAAAAAGAAGUUUGAGACCAAAGUGCAAAAGAAGACCCUUAACCCAACCUACAAUGAGACCUUUGUCUUCAAGGUGAGACUUCUGUUGGCCUAGGCAUCCUCUGCAGAGGAUAUACUGCACACUGACAUAUUUGUGGUAGCCCCCAGAGAGAAAGAAAGAAGUACUGCAGGGAGCAAUACCCAAUGUCGCUCGGAGAAAAAUGGGGGGAAAUUACUGGCAAUCGAAACAAAAUGUAUUAUUGGGCAAGAUUAUUCCAACAGCCUCUUAAGAGAGUUUCUUCCGGGUGCCAAAGCAGUUAUUGAACCACAGUCCUCUGUUCUGUGUAACAGAUUCCAUAUCAGGAGCUGGGUGGCAAGACGUUGGUGAUGGCUAUCUAUGACUUUGACCGUUUCUCCAAACAUGACAUCAUUGGAGAAGUCAAGGUGCCCAUGAACACGGUGGACCUGGGGCAGCCCAUUGAAGAAUGGAGGGAUCUGGAGAGUGCAGAAAAAGAGGAGGUAAGGAGCUGAUGGAACUGGAAGCAUCUUGUUUUCUUUCAUUGCCUUUUGUUGCUGUUUUUUUCAAUUACGUUACUGCUUUUUUUUUUUACCUCAGCUGUGCAAAUGUGGGUAGUGAUACUUAGCACUGUAUGAAGGAGCCCCACACAGAAGGUGAAUUUUGCUAAGUUUCCUGAGGUCUUUGGUAGGAGGUUGGCAUUGGAGAAAUGCAGAUUUAGAAGGCUUAGGUUCUUGCUGGGCUGAGCUGCCUUCUUUAAGGAAACCCUCAGUCUCUCAGCAGAGCAUCUCUGCACCUCAGCCUUCUGCUACUAAGUGGUCUUUGUGGAAGAUCAUUUGCCUCUUGUCAGUAUCUAAGGAAUGGAAACUGAUUGGUCAAGUCUAAAAACCAAGUUCUCUACUGCCUAGUUGGAAGAAUAAGGUCUUGGAUUAAAAAAAAAGUAGCAUUCAUAAGUCAAAAGUGAUGCAUAUUGGUGUGUGCAUUUGUGAUGGUGGGGAAUCCCUAAACCCUAACUACAUAUAAACAAUGUUGAGUCCAAAAUUGGCUAUUUAUUACUUUUCAGGAAAUAAAUCUUAACAUCAUUAUGGGGUUUCUCACCUCAGCGAUUUCCGAGGGGUGGAGGAACUUGUUAUUCCUCCUGCCUUAGACUGGAGCUGUGCAUCCAGCCCGUGUGGUAUAGAGGUUAGUGUGUUGGACUAGGACCUGUAAAACCAGGGGAGGCUCACUCAGUCAGGAACCCUCUGGGUGAUUUUGAGCCAGUUGCUAUCUCUCAGCCUAACCUACCUCACAGGGUUGCUGUGAAGAUAACAUAGAGAAGGUAAUAAAUUUAUGUCACCUUGACCCCUUGAAGGAACGGGGAGAUCUAAAUGUAAUAAUAACUAAAAAUGCAUAAAGACAGCUCAUUGUACUUUGAAUGUAUUGUCCGCUGUUCCUCUGGUUUUAGUAUUAAUGCCUGUGUAUAAGCGUACCAAAAUAUGGAAUAAUCUCGCUGUUAUUUAUUCAAUUUCUCACCCACCCUUCACCAUAAAGUCCCAGGGUGGGUUACAGCAAUUUAUAAAUGCAAUAUUAAAAUAAGUUAGAAACAAAUUACAGUCAAGCGAAUAGGAUGGUCCUUAAAGUAUAUAUCUCAAAUGUCAAAGGCCAAGAUAAAGAGGUGCAUCUUCAGCAUGUGACAGACAACAUAAGGAAGGUGUCAGAUGCUUCUCCUGCUCCUGACACCAGGUCCUUUGCUUUCCUGGCUGGAGGAGGCGAUGGUGGCCAUAGUUGUAAUGACAGGGCAACAUUCAAAUUGUUUGUCUGCUAGACGGUGAGAAGGGGCAGUGUGAACAGGGCAGUUGUGUUAUGCCAUGACUUAGGACUCUGAACUUUUAUUGGCGCUGAGUAGAACUCCAGAUUUCAUUGCUCUCCCUGUUUCCCUUGACAGCCAGAGAAACUGGGAGACAUCUGUAUCUCAUUACGAUAUGUGCCCACUGCCGGGAAACUCACUGUCUGCAUCCUGGAGGCCAAGAACUUGAAAAAGAUGGAUGUCGGAGGACUUUCAGGUGAGUGCAGAACAACUUCAUGCCCACCAGAUGGCACCUCAGAGCCAGGACUGAAGGAUUUUCUGGGCAUUUUUGCACAAUGAGGCAUAAAGUAGUUCUUACUUUCAUUGCUUUGUAAUAUGAAUGUAUAACCCACACCUGCCAAAAUGCUGCUUCUUCCUCUUACUCUAUAUUAUUCUUCUUAAUUACUUUAUUUUGAUUUGGUGUUUUUUUUACCUGCCCUUCACCCUAAGGUCUCAUAGUUCUUUUUUUGGGGGGGAAGCUGUCCUUGGCCUCACAUUGCUUAAGUCUGAGUGACACCAGCUGCAUGGAUGCUACUUGAAAAUGAAACUUGUGUUGUGAGCAUUGGGCAGCUUCCCAUAUGGCUGCGACCAUUUAUAUCUAUGGCUUCUUGACCCACCUGCCCCAAAAGGGAGAGUUGUACUGGUGUAGUUGAAAUACCUGCAACUGUAUGGAAAGUUGCUUCCUUCAGCUUCCUGCAAGGGACUGUGGCCAUUUCAAUCUUGAGAUGUCAGCCAUUCCACUAGAGAAGCGUGAACCAGCCUUAUGCUGCCCCAGGACGUGAGGAAAACCUGCUGGGUCAGGCCAAAGGCUCAUCUAGUCCAACAUCCUGUUCUCACAGUGGCAAACUAGAUGGCUAUGAGAAGCCCACAAGCAUCCCCUGAGCUGAGGGAAGCACUUUCCCCACUUGUGAUUCCACACGGUGGAAGGAGAGCACGGCCAUCAUUGCUAGUAGCCUUGUGCUCCAUGCAUUUGUCUAAUCCUCUUAUCCCAAGUUGGUGGGUAUCUUGAGCUUUUACAAAGAGAUAAAGACUCUCUGGGAAGAGGAGGAGGAUCCACAGAAAUGCAUCCUACAUAAGUGGCUCUAAACGACCAACGAUUCCAGAUUAUGGAGCAAAAAGUUAAUGGCAUCUCUGUCCUGUUCCUCUGUGCACCAUGGCUAAAUCCUAGCUGUUUCCCCUUGAGGUUUCCUUUCAGUGUGUGUUAGCUGCCUGCAAAGUCUGAACUGCUUAGCCUUGCUUUUCAGAUCCCUAUGUGAAGAUCCACCUGCUGCAGAAUGGCAAGAGGCUCAAGAAGAAGAAGACCACCGUCAAGAAGAAGACUCUGAACCCCUAUUUCAACGAGUCAUUCAGCUUUGAAAUCCCCUUUGAGCAGAUACAGGUUCACCUGCUUCUCACUUGAGGGAGUUUGGGGGAGGGCCAUGCAAAGGGCUCCCAGGUCACUGAGCUCAUCCAUGGGCUGACAAAGUCCUCUGCCAUUUUACCUGUACCAUGGGAUCUUAUGUUGGCCUCUCAAAGUGCAUGGGCCAAAUAGUCUAGCCUCAUUUCCUCCCUGUUGGCAAUGGAAGGGGAAUGUUCUCAAGGGAUAAGCUUUAAAAAGCCUGGUGGGUUUUGUACAGGGUGAAUCCUGUAAAAGAUUUGAUUUAAGUUAGGCAUUUUUUAAACAAGUCCAGGCCUGCCUGGUCCAACCAUUCUCUGAUGAGGGACAUGUUUUGUACUGCAUUUAUUUUAUUUAUUUACUACAUUUAUAUCUCCCCUUUUCGUCUGAGGAGAUAAAGGCAUCAUGCAUGAUUCCCCCUCCCCCUCCCCCUUUUAUCCCCACAGCAACACUUUGUGGUAAGUGAGGCUGAGAUAUAGCAACCCACCCAAGGACACAGUGUGAGCUUCAUGGAUGAAUGAGGAUUUGAACCCAAGUCUCCCUCACCCUCAUCCAACACUCGUAAUUGCUGCACCAGCACUCAGUUCAUUGUUUCCCAUCACAGGACACAAAUGUUGUAAAGAACAACCAGAAGCCUGCCAGAGUGCAGUUUCAGUGUCUCCAACCAGAGCUAGGUUGUGCACAUUUUGCGCAUUCGGUCCAGACACUAUAUGGAAUAAAGGAGAAGGAAGCAUGAGCUACAGCUGCCCUCUUGUUUGUGUCAAAAUUAAGUCCUCCAUAGAUCUCAGGGUGGUUAACAACAUUAAAAAAGAACAAAACAUAUAAUAAAAAGAACAAAAGCAAACCAAUAAUCCCACAACAUAUUCAAAAGGGUAUUGGAUGUCAGUUAAAGGCCUGGUUAAAAAGGAACAUUUUUGCCUGGUGCCUAAAGGUGUGUAAUGAAGGAACCAGGCGAAACUCUCUGAGAAAAGCAUUCCACAGAUGGGGAGCCACUGCAGAAAAGGCCUGCUCUUGUGUUGUCACCCUCUGGACCUCUCAUGGAGGAGGCACACGAGGAAGGGCCUCAGAUGGUGAUUGCAGGGUCUGAGUGGGUUUAUAUGGAGACAGGCAGUCCUUGUAGUCCUGUGCCACAUCCCUACCUGAUUCCGAUUCCGUUUCUUCUAUCAUCAGUUUAGGUGAUGAUUGUUUAGCUGGUGCCAUCUGAACCAUACUGAACCCACAAGCGGUUUUUGUGUCUUCCUGCAAGCCACAUUUCAGUCAAGAUAUGAUUUUAAAGAUGUUCUGACACUGAGAGAUUUUGGAUUUAAUAUCUUUUGCUGUGUUGCCCGUACACCACUGCUUUGGUGGAGCUCUUGUGGCCUUGUGGUGCCCAACCACUUGUGGAAGGGAUUGUAGUUGGGGGACGGACGGACGACGACAGUGCAGUGGCUGAACCAGGGAUAGGGGAAUAGGAUAGCUCUUGUGAAUACAGAAGUCGGCCAUUCCUGAUCCAUAGGGCCCCCUUUCAAAUCUAAUGAUAGUAAAGCAUUAAGACACACAGCAGAAUUAGAUUACAUAGCCGUUCUAUGAUAGCAUUACCCACGUGAACUAUUUAAAAUAGCAUGCUUUGAUGUUAAUGCCUAGUAAUGAGUUUAGGGAUUUUACAAAGGGGGGAGGGAUGAACCAUCUCAAGCCAUCCGAGCCUUGUCCAAAUCCCAUAAUUUCUGUGUACUUAUCCAUAAAACGAUGUAGAGUCCUAUUAACAUAUAAUCAUUUGUGUAAAUGAUGCAUAGUAACUAGCUCGCUGUAGCUGCAUCCAGGGAGAGUUCUGCAGAAUCCAUUGUUAAAGCUUUUAACCUGGUCUGGGUCACCUCAAACUGCAGAUGUAGCUCACAGUGCAAUGCUAUGUAUGCCUGCUUGGAUGUAAGCCUCAUGGAGUUGGCCCCACAUGAGUGUAUAUAGGAUUGCAGCCUCAGCUGAUGCAUUGUACAUGCUUCCAUCAAAUUUAUCAGUUAAAAUCUGACAGUGUACUUUCUUGUUUUGUUUUUACAUAAUGCAGGCACAUGUGGUAGCAGAUACUUUUUUAGAGGCUUUUCCUCAUAUAAGAGAGUUUUUUAACUUUUUAAUUUCCAGUUACAAACAAUUCUUUUGAGUGGAUUAAGGCUUCGGUCCUAUAAGCACUUGCCUGGGAACAAGUUUCAUUGAACUCAAUGGGGCUUCCUUCUGAGAAGGCAAGCAUAAGAUUGCACUGUAAAAAUUCAAUCUGAGCAAUCCAGUGAUUUAAACAUUGCAGCCCUAGUCACAUACAAAUCACAUGCAUCAAAUUUUGUGUGCAUCAUCUCAUCUUUGCAGCAAGCUCUUGUUGAACCAAAAAUACAUGCUAUUUCUGAUCAGGAUUUCUUCCCCAAUGAGAUUGUCACCCUGUUGUGAUCCUCUGCUCCUUGCCCAUUAAUCCCAGAACAAUCCCAUUGCUCCUAAAACCUGACAUGUGGGAACAAACCAGCAACGAUCAUUUCCAGCCUUUAAAAAAAAAAAGACCAACUUAGGACCUACUGAACUUCAAGCGGAAGUAGUAUACCGUAAUACUAAUUUCUCUUUUCUUGCCUCCCAUCCAGAAAGUGCAAGUUGUGAUUACUGUGCUGGAUUAUGACAAGCUGGGGAAGAACGAAGCCAUUGGCAAAGUAUUUGUCGGCAACAAAUCCACUGGCACGGAGCUAAGGCACUGGUCUGACAUGCUGGCCAACCCACGCCGUCCCAUUGCCCAGUGGCAUUCCCUGAAGCCUGAAGAGGAGGUGGAUGCAGCUCUUGGGAAAAACAAAUAG